UCCAGUUGUGCGAAGAUGCGCGUAGGCAACAAUGCCUAAGGCACGAUCUAAAAAUGACAACUGCAACGCUAUAGCCAGGAUUAUCAAAGACUUCUGCAGUUGCUCCGAAAACGCCACAUGGUCACCUGAGAUGACCACAGAUAAGGGACGAGAUCCGUUUCUCAAAAGCGAACUGACGAACAUGUCAGCAAUGCGCAGGAGGAUAAUGACUAUAGCCAAAAGGAAAAACCGGGACGUCACUCCCGAACCGCCUAAACUUCACUUCGAUCUUGACAAAAAAUCCGAAACGCUCACUUCGAAUCUGAUCAAUGCAACAAUCAGCUCUCAAGACAGCACUAUACGCAGAAACAUAGACAAUUUCCUCCAAUCGAGACGAAUGUUUGCUUUAGAGGAAGAUAUUUACGAAAAGCCAAUAUGUACAAUCAAAAACUCGUCGUGCGGUGAGAACUGGUCGUUGAGUAAAGCUUGGAAGAACAAUAAAGGCGAUUUCUUCCAUCGCUCGCCGGCUCUCGAUUCUCGGCGAUUAGUCGAUAGAAAUUGCAAUAACUUGGAGCGGAUAGAUGAGGUGCCGCGUCGGAAGAAACGGGAGAAGAAAAUUAAGGAACAGUUACGAUACGACAGGAACAUAAAACGUCAUAUAAGAAUAAGGGUGAUGUUAUCUUUAAGGAUGAGGAGGUAUAUGAAGAGGAGAUUAAGGAAACCUCAGCCGCAGAAUGUGAGUGUCCCUCCGAGGAGGUUUCCUAGAGGCAGUUCAAUAAACUCUAGUUUCGGGACGCGGUCGUAUAGGAGUGUGAUGACUGAUAAGCUGGGGGAAGGUGCAGUGUUGUUUGAUAUCCAUGAAGCAAGGAACUCCACGAUGGAACUCUGUCAUGAUUACGGAGAAGACCUCGACACGUUGGACAUUGCCUUACGCGCCGGUAACUUUAGGAGCGGUCGGUUAGCUGUCGAGGGUUGGUGGUGCGGGAGAGCCAUGCCGGCGGCCGGGCGCGCCAACAACGGCGCCCUAGCCCUGCACUACGCAGCCGCCAGGGGCUGUCUGGACUGCGUGCGGCUGCUCACCAACACCACGCCUGAUGUCUCUGCCAACACAGCAAUGGACAAUGACGUCACGCCGGUCUAUCUGGCCGCGCAAGAGGGACACCUGGCCGUCCUCAAAUACCUGGUGCUGGAGGCUGGAGGUAGACUGGAUGCGAGAGCCAGAGAUGGCAUGCUGCCUAUACACGCUGCUGCUCAGACUGGCUGUUUGGACUGCGUGAAGUGGAUGAUCGUGGAGCGCGCCGUCGACCCCAAUGCACGUGACGGCGACGGGGCCACUCCACUCCACUUUGCGGCGUCCCGUGGACACCUCAGCACUGUCCGCUGGCUGCUCAGACACGGAGCUAGGCUGCACCUGGACCGGCAUGGCAAGAGCCCUAUCAAUGAUGCCGCUGAGAAUCAUCAUUUGGAGUGUCUGAAUGUGCUAGUGGCAGCUGGAGCCGCAGGUGCAGACAGCAAGCAACUGGCUACUUACAAAGCUGUCCAUUCAUGUGCUUGUACCCCAGGCGAAGUCAGAUGUGCUCUUCCGAACUGCAUCAAUACAAGUAGCACCCGCUCCCCCUUCUACCUCCACGCGCCGGAGAAGGAACGUCGUUCAGCCGCCGAGCGCCGAGGGUCCUUGCCUUCCACUAUUGGCUCCAUAAGUUCCACUAGAUCAGGGCCAGCCGAUGGGUUGUAUGUCAAUCCUAUGCAACGGGGCACGUCUACAAGCGCGACACAUAACAGCUCAUCGGGGGAGGAAAGCUCAGCCACAGUCUCUGACGCGGACACCAACAAUACUGGCGGAUGGUUCCUCCACGGCAACUCCAAUAGUACCGGAGCUCCAGCAGCCUUGUACCAGCGUGUUAGGGACCUGUUCCACACUAGGUCCCCAGGGCCCAGGGUCCCUGCUGAAGGGCAGGAGGCACCGACCAUGACUGUGAAAGCGGAGGUACACGGGUCAACUGAAGUGACGACAGUUCCCGAGCAAUCGGACAGCGAUAGCGGCGCGGAGGCCACGAGACGCGACCACCACUACGAGGAUAUAUACAUGGCCAGGGAUGACCAUCAGCCACGACGCAGGAGCAGUUCCCGGGAUUCGGGCAGCCACAGCCGACCAGGCAGCGCCGCGCUCGUCGUCGACUACACCACUAAGGAUAGCUGCGACAUAAACAGCAAGGCAUACGAAGAGGUCUCUCCAGUGAUCGAGGCUCAGACAAAGUCCUCCAUCGCGACCAAACUUGCUGCUCUCACACAUAAAGCUCAGAGCUUCGACCGUUCUCUCCCACAGGCAAGUCGCCUGUCCUCAUCAGCUGGCAGCCGUCGCCCCUCCAUAACCGAAGAGGUCAUAGUCCAAGCAGCUUCGGCUUCUUCAGGUGUCUCCUCUGGAGGUAGUUCGGGGGAUGAAGCACCCCCUCCCCCUCCGCCCCCGCCGGCACCCCCAGCGCCGCCUGCGCCUCCGAAAGUGUUGGAAGAACCCGCACUGAGACCUUCAGAGCUGAGAGGCAGAUUGGCGGGACGCCGCGGCUCGGGCUGCGCAGAUGACGACCGACCACGCGGGCCCAACCUCGUCAACAAACAGCCCGUGCUCCCCUUCGUGCCGCCCGCGUUCCCUCACAACGCGCCAGACCGCCUCAUCAAACCCUCAGAAUACCUCAAGACCAUCACGGCGCCGUGCAAGCGAGACGAUGGCCCGGCGGAGGCCCGCCCUCCGCCGCCGCCCCCCGUCCCUGACAACGUCCCGCCUCCACCCCCGCAGCCGCCCAUGUCCGCGCCGCAACAACCCCUGGCCGCUAUCAGCACCGCUGAACUCACCGCCGUCAGACUGAGGACCCCCGCAACCAAAACCAUGUCCGCACCACCGCCCGCGAGAUCUGUCAGUUUACAAUGUCUAUCCAGUGCCGCGGACUUUAAGAAUGCAAAGACAGAUCUGAUCGAGGAGUUGAAAAUGUCAAAGGAUAUAACUGGAAUAAAGAAAAUGAAGGUGGAGCGAGCGAGACGGGAGAGCCUUCAGGACAAGGAGACGUUUACGGAGUUCACGAAGCGAUUCACCGCGGAAAACUUUGUCGACCAGGGUUGUCCCCAGGUGCCCGAGCGAGACGCGUCCGGCAACGUCAUCCCUGCGUGGAAGCGCCAGAUGCUGGCCAGACGAGCGGCGGAAAAGGCUAGGAGGGACCUUGAGAGGGAGCUGGCGGGGGAGGCGGAGAGGAGGAGGGCGGCCGCAGUCCCGGCGUGGAAGAGGCAGCUGCUGCAGAGGAGGGAGGAAGCGGAGAACAGACUCAGGCAAUCAUUAUACACCCCAAAAGUAGAAGAGACGAACGGAUCAACGAACGGCGACUGGCGUUCGUACCCAAGCAACGCCACUCGCGCAGUGUCCAUAGACAACAUCACUCUAUGCUAUGAAACUCCCGCGCAACCGAUGCGCGCGCCAUCGGAGGCGAAACUCACUGACCAUUGUAACGGUUAGUUACCAUUGGUUACGAAGGUCUCUCGAACGGGAAGCACGAAGAAGAAGAAGACAGCACAAAAAUAAUACCUUGGCGCGCACAACUGCGUAAGACGAACAGUAAACUCAAUCUUCUUGAAUAGUUAUAAAAAUAGGCUAAAUAAAGGUCUAAGUACUCGAGUGACAAAGGCCAUAGGCUGUAUGUAAUUAAUUUCUAAUGUUAUGUUAAAAAGAAAAUUAAUAUGAAAUUGGAACCAUUUAAAAUACUUAUUUUUUUUAAACAGACCAUGUUUUUCUUUUGUAAUAGAGAAAUAAUUAGUGAUUUUACUAAUUUAGACAGAUUUAUUGAUGACUUACAUUGAUAUUAAUGACCGUGACAUUACGAAUGAGAUUUUGUGAAUGAUAUUUGAUGUUUUUGGGAAACUUAUUUUAGUGUCUUUGGUACAUUUUAAUAUGUCUAAUAAAAAUACUGGAACGUAUUCUGAGAAUUAUGAAUUAAUAAUAAUGUCAUUACAAAGAAAUACGUUUUAUUUUCUACUUAGAAUAUUUAAGUGCGACAUGUAAAAAUGUAAAUCUAUUUUUGGUAGUGUAUUUUAUUAUAUUUUUGCAAUCUAAUAACAUGAAUAAAAGAAUACUGCAAUCGGCUUUAACUUUUUUAAUUUACUGAAAAGCCAAAAUGUUUAUAAAAGAAAUAUAUUUAAUUAUUUAAGUUUUUUUUUUUUAUGAAACGUGAUGCCUUCGUUGCAAUACUAGGUUUAAGCUUGUCAGUGGGCUUCUGCCGUUACGUUAGUCUACUUUAUUAAACAUGUGUGAGUUAUGUACGACAAUCGGAAUAUAUAAUGUUGUUAAUAAAUGCUGUUGCUUUA